GCGUCGACUAAUUGUCCUGAAUGCUAAGGAAAUGCAGACUAGCACGUGGGUACAUUCAGUAGGCGAUCUCUCCCAAAAAUACUUGAUUUCAGUACAUUACUAUUCUCUUUGGUGAUUUAAAACUCAUAUUCUAGUGGGUGAAAAAUCGACUUUACUACUAAGCUAGCUAUCAAGCUUUCUAAUGGCGGACAAUGGCGAUAAUGACUCCCAGCACAGAGUGAAUGAGGGUGACUACGUAGUACUGAAACGAGGAGACAUCUACAAAGCUGUGCAGAUUCAAAAGAAAAAGAAAACAGUAUUUGAAAAGCAGUGGUUCUUCCUGGACAAUGCAGUGGGGGAGUUGUAUGGUACCACCUUUGAAGUUGUGACUGGUGGGACACUGCAGCCACGAAAACCUAAAUGUGUCGAGAGCUCUGCAGAUGCCAAGGAAGCAGGAACGGACAACAGGAACAUUCUGGAUGAUGGGAAAUCACAGAAACUCACCAGAGACGAUAUUGAGACCCUCAAAGAGCAGGGUCUGAAGGGACAGGAAAUAGUCCAGCAGCUGAUAGAGAACAGUACAACAUUCAGGGACAAGACUGAGUUUGCACAGGAGAAAUACAUCAAGAAAAAAAAGAAAAAGUAUGAGAACAGUGUGAUGGUUCUAAGGCCCUCCUGUCGUGUCCUGGCUAUGAUGUACCAUGGCAGAGAACCAGGGAAGAUAUGCCACCUGCGGUAUGACACCCUUGCCCAGAUGUUGACUCUGGGGAAUAUCCAUGCAGGCAGUAAGGUGCUGGUGUUUGAGACCUGUGCUGGACUGGUGCUGGGGGCUGUCAUGGAGAGGAUGGGAGGCUACGGGUCAGUGGUGCAGAUGUACCCAGGAGGAGGUCCUGUGAGGGCGGGGAUGGAGAGCUUUGGGUUCCCCUCCCACUUCCACGACACGCUCCAUGAGUUCCCCAUCUGUCACGUCAACGCACUGCUGGCGGGGGCACUGGACACAGAGGCCAAAGACAAAGACGCAGAUUCCGGACAGGCCAAUGGGGACAAGUCCAACCUGACCCAGACUGACUCAGAGAAGGCAGAAAGCAAGGAGUGCAGCCCAGACACAGAGGACCAAUGCAUGGAGACUAGUACCAGUACAGACCCUGCCGCGGACAAGGAGAGAGAGGAGAGGGAGAAACUUAGAGAGAUCAGAGGCCAGGAGAAGAAGGUGAAGAUGGAGGAGAAGAGGAAGAAACUAGCUGCUGCUGCCGCCGUGCUGGAAGGGAGGAACGCUGACGGGUUGGUGAUUGCCAGUCGGUUCCACCCCUGUCCAGUUCUUCUGGGCCUUAUCAAGUUCCUCGCCCCCUCCAGACCCUUUGUAGUGUACUCUCAAUACAAAGAGCCUCUGAUAGAGUGCUAUACAAAGCUCAGGGAACAAGGCGGAGCAGUCAGCCUGCGACUCACCGAUUCCUGGAUCAGACAUUACCAGGUGUUGCCUAACAGGACGCACCCUGUGCUGCUGAUGAGUGGGGGCGGGGGCUACCUCCUCUCAGGGACGACCGUUUCUACGGAUACGCCGAAGAUGGGCCCAACGAGAGGAGAGGAGCCAGCCGCAAAGCGACUGAAACUCACAGAGACCACAGAGGGAUAACACUUAAAACGUAUUGCGGUCACCCAUUUGUUGUGAAAUUUAUAUCAUUGAUGACAUCAUUUAACUGUACUUGUGGGAUAGGACUGAAUUCUCUCACGCAUCUUAAGAUCAGUUAUAUAAUAAUUUGGCUGCUAUUGAGCCCUGGAGCUGCUCUCCAAAGCUCUUAUCUCCCAUAUGCAGCAUUUCGUUAUCAUUACAUAUUUUUUGAAGAAUGCGCCGUGGUGCAAUAAAGAAGCCAUUUGUUUUCGCAGACUCAUCCCGUAACACAUCUGUGUGUAUGAAUUUCAAUAAAAUGCAGUGCUCUAAAGAUACUA